GCCACCUGUGCAGCUUAUCAAUCUCUGGUCCCAUUGAACUUACUGUGUCGGGCAUGAUUAACCUUCGGGCGAGACACAUUUCCGAAAGUUAAAUACUCCAUCGCUUCGACACAGGACGUUUAUGACGUAGUCUCUCAGCUGUUCCCCUUGCCAUUACUGAAGACCUGACUGUCUACUCCACGCAGUAAAGCGAGUCGGAGAAACGUGACGUUUCAAGCUGUUUCACGUGGGGAUCUAGGAACUACAGACUACUUACCAUGAGGAGAUAUAUCAGAUGCCUGGUCUUGUGCUGUGUCACGUGCAUAAUCAUGUAUGUGUACAACAUGUCCUCCUUGCUGAGAAACAGUGCCAUCCGCCGCAUGCGAUACUUUCAAUUCCUGAGCGACGUUGACGUUAACGUCAGUUGGUCAAACGCGUGCUCCUAUCACCUGCUUCACGAAGUAGACCCGUCAGCCUCAUGCAUGGAACCACAAUGGUUGUGUGACGAGCAGGCCGGGAUCAGUGACGUCAUAUGCAGAUGGUUCCGUUACCAAAACAACACGAGAGAAAACGUGACGUGUCUUCUACCAGAAAGCAAAAACCUGGAUGACGUGAAUCAACAUGGCGGCAGCCUGGUUCCCAAAAUAGUUUACUACGUGUCUGUUGGGAUAAAGGAGCCGACUUUCUUGCACUAUAUAAGUUUCUUGAGCGCAAAGAAGUUUGUGGAGCCGUGGGGUAUAUAUGUUGUGAGUGAUGUGGCCAUGGGGGGUCACUGGUGGAAUAAAGCUGAGAAGGAACUGGGGGUGCGGGUCAUCUACAGGCACCCGCCGCGACGUCUUAACAACGUCACCGUCAAGCAUAGGACCCACAUGUCCGAUAUCAUCCGACUUCAACUGCUUCUGGCCAAUGGCGGUGUGUACCUCGAUCUGGACAUGGUUGUGCUACAGUCUCUAGAUCCACUCAGGGUUCAUGACAUCACACUUGGUCUCCUUGACAACGGAACGGGGAUGGGCAACGCCUUCAUAGCUGCCAAGAGACACUCCCCCUUCAUCACCACAUGGUACAAGGAUUACAAGAAGUACAGCAUUUCGCCAUAUAAUGCCAACUCCAUGGCGAAAGCUAAGCAACUGUGGUUGGAGAAUCCCGCAGCUGUUAACUUGGAAUCGAAGAGACUGUACAAUCCAAAUUGGUUUGAAAGGGACGCCAUGUUUAAUAAAAGUAACUUCAACUGGCGAGACAACUACGCCAUGCAUAUCUGGAUGGAUACGCCAUCUGUAUCCUUUCCAAAAUCACCGGAUGAUAUCAAGAAACUUAACAAUACAUUUGGACAAGUUCUGCGGUAUAUCUAUUACGGCAAGGAAACAUUGUUGGGAAUAUGAUAAAGACGUUUUUGAGAGAACACUGACAAAAACCAAAGAGUGAUGGUUCAUGCAACGUGAUAUAAGACUUUGUUGUGCUAUAUUAUAUUUUAUGUAUGUAUGUAUGUAUGUAUGUAUGUAUGUAUGUAUGUAUGUAUGUAUGUAUGCAUGCAUUAAUGCAUUAAUGCAUGCAUGUAUGUAUGUUAGUUGUUAGUUGUCACCUCUGUGUAAAAUAUAAACAAACUCUAGAAUAUACUGAUAACUUAAAAUCGGAAAUGCGCAACGCUAAAAACAGAAUUUGAAUAUUUCAUUUCGCAGCCAUAGGGCAAAGAAUCCCGGUUCGACCUGAUUAUGUUUCUAGGUUUGUUAGCACUAUCCCCGGGCUUGGGUUCUUCACCAAAGUAAUACACGUCUAAGACCUUCCACCCACAUCAAGCUGAAACAUGGUGAUAUGAAUACUGUUCAAAGAGGCGUUGAUCUCACUCACUCACUCACUCACUCACUCACUCACUCACUCGCUCACCCACCCACUCACUCACUCACUCACAUAGCACUACAUCUCCGGUAUACGUCAGUACACAGGUACAAUGUCAUACUUCGAUCGUGUUGUGACACAGGAACCCUUUUUAAUACCUUUUAAACAUUAAAAACAUUUUUGGUGAACUUUCGUCAGCAGAUAUACAUUCUCCCCACAAUAAGAAAACCAGUAAAUGAGUUUUGCUUGACGCCGUCUAGAACAGUAUUGUCAGCUUGAUAUGUGGGAGUGGAAAGCGCGCAGUGAUGCAGGUCUUAACACGGCGAAUUCCAGCGCUUUACGCGACUGGGAGGACCCUUUCCUCAAUAAGACAAUGAAGAACAAUUAUGCAUAUAAUGAAUAUUGUAUUAACAUAUACUCCAUUACUCAUAUGUUUGUAUGUAUGUAUUUGUUUUCAUAUUCUAUAGGACAACUACACAAACAUGUUUUCAUUAUUGUUUUAGAUACCCUAAACAAUAA